GAAGCUGUGCCUCAGAACAACUUCAGCUCGCUAACGAUAAACACAGACACGCCGUCCGCACCAGAGACGUGACCGUUCGGUACAAGUUGAGUUUUGGUUGGUUUGUUUCGAACUCGCAAGCAAACGCGUUAUGAUCUUACGUCCGUUACGAUUAUUACCAGUGCAGUGAUCGAUGUGAAUGGUGUGUGUUUGUGUGUUUCUUCAUAUCCUCUGCUUGGAUUGCUCAGCAAGCAAUUGCAAACUGAUCGACGAAGCGAUCAUCCGUGAAUCUUCUGUGAAGCAUCAAAGAGAUAUUCUGUGAUUAAAAGGUGAAGCAAAAAGCAACAGUGUUUAUUGAACAAAGACGAUCGAAGUGAAGAGAUUCGUUUCCCGUUUCCGUGUGUAGUGCAAGUGUGCAACGAAUGCUUUUUGAUGGUCGUUGAAAGUAUGGUUAAAAUCGAGCCCACCAUGAUGAACGGUCAGACGAUGUUCGGCGUGGCGCGGGCACCGCUCAAGUCCAGCUUCUCCAUUAACUCGAUCCUGCCCGAAACGAUGAAGUCGUCACCGUCGCCGACGCCCUCCCCGACGCUCCAGUCCUGCCCGUCACCGAUCGGGUCCGAGGAGCAGGAUCACGAUCUCACCGACACAGAGAGCGAUCUGGACGUGACCGGCACACCGCCACCGAUGGAUUGCAGCAGCAAGGACAAGUCGGACGAGACGGAGGGUGAUGGGGCGAGCGGUAGCGGCAGUCCUUCCUCGAGCCCCGCCAAGGAUGGGGAGAAGAAGGGCAACGAGAAACCCCCAUACAGCUACAACGCACUGAUCAUGAUGGCGAUCCGUCAGAGCGCGGAGAAGCGACUGACACUGAACGGCAUCUACGAGUACAUCAUGCGCAACUUCCCGUACUAUCGCGACAACAAGCAGGGCUGGCAAAACUCGAUCCGGCACAACCUUAGCCUGAACAAGUGCUUCGUGAAGGUUCCGCGGCAUUACGACGACCCCGGCAAGGGUAACUACUGGAUGCUGGACCCGUCGGCAGAGGAUGUGUUUAUCGGAGGUUCGACUGGCAAGUUGCGUCGCCGUUCGACUGCCGCCUCUCGCAGUCGGUUAGCCGCCUUCAAGCGUUCGCUCGUUGGUCCCAUGUUCCCGGCGCUCGGUUAUCCCCAGUUCGGUCAGUUCCUCUAUCCCUCACACGCGGCCCAAGCCCAGACGGCACUGCUAGCCGCCCAGAUGUAUCGGUACUCGCCGUACGCACCGAGCAUGGCCCCGAAACCACCAACGCUCCCACUCCCGCUUCCGCUCGGUGCCGUCGGAUCCGGGUUCGGUAUGGAUCGGCUGCUUGGAGCGGGAGCAGCAGCUGCUGCAGCUGCCGCCCAGAUGCACCCUCAGUCCCCGAUGGGCAACAGUCCUCAAGCACAGCAGGCCGAAAUCUACCAAAGACUUCAGUACCAUCAGCAUCUUCUGCAGCAGCAUGCCGCAGCUCAGCAGGCCGCCGCAGCCGCCCAAGCUCAUCAUCAAGCGGCGGCCGCAGCACAUCAUCAGCUACAGCAGCAACACCAGCAGCAUCAGCAGCACCAACAGCAGCUAAGUCCCACCGCCAGCGAAGGAACGCAUCCCGGUUCGCCGCACCAUCCUCACCAGCACCCGCAGCACUCCCCACUCGGUUCGCUACCACCCCAAGGUUCGCCCACCGGACACGGGUCACCGACGGGCCCCGGGCCAAUGAUCUUCAAACCGAUCACGCUCGUGUCCCGCCAAAGCUAGGACGCGGCCCUAGGUGGUAUGGCCAGUGCAAGUGCAACACAAACUCAACGGUGGCAAACGCCCGACCAGUGAUAGUAGCAAUUCGUUAAUUUUCGCUUAAGAUAAACCUGCUGUGACUUAAGAGUGCGGAUCUGAGAAGGCGCGGUGACCGAUGCUGCAGUGCCAGGUUGUUUUUUAUUUGUUUAGUUUAUAUUGCAACAAGCACCAAGCUUAGGGGAAAUUACUCUUUACCAAAAGUGUUGUGCCGGAGAUGGUGAACCGAUGGCAUCGGAGAAGUAUUAGAACAAUGGUAUUCAUAUAUCGGUUAGGUUUUUCCCACCCCGCCCCGGAAACAUAGCGCCACAAGUGAAUCGUUAGUUUUUUAAGCGUUGUUUUUUUAAGCAAAAGUUCCAUCUGUACAUAUAGCGCGAUAGGGAAGAUAAAUUAUAAAAGAAUGCGGAUCGUGUCGAAUGAAUGGUGGAUGAAAAGUAUAUGGAAAAUAUAAAACAAGUGCAGCCAACUGCAACUUCUGAUCGCCGGCACUCUUCGCGAGGAGAGGUGUUUGGUGUGAAAAUUUAA